UGCUACUACCUUCUAUUUCUUUUUUGACUCUUCAAUCAAGUUUAACUGUAUAGAAACAUUUUCUUGAAAUCCCCACACACACAUCCUCUCUCUCUCUCUCUUGAAAAAUGCUGGUGAAGAAGGCACUUUUUGCUUAUUUUAUGGCAUUGAGCUUUAUGUUGCUGCUCAAUUUUGCAGAAUCUACUGUGCCACAAGAAGAAGUGCGCGCCCUUGAAGAAAUUCUGAGUUCAAUGGGUGCAACAAAUUGGAGGUUCAAUGGUGAGUCUUGCCAACUUGAGGCAAUUUCUGAACUGCCAAAGCUCAAUCAGGAAGCUCUUGCUAGUGUUAAAUGUACCGAUGCCUGCAAUAAUGGGAACUCCAGCAACUGCCAUGUCAUAAGCAUUGAACACAAGUUCUAUAGUCUUGGUGGUGUUCUUCCACCUGCGCUUGUGAAGCUUCCAUACCUCCAAACUAUCGAUUUUGCUUACAAUUAUCUUAAUGGCACAAUACCUGCUGAAUGGGCUUCAACACAGUUGCAGUCAAUAUCUCUUCUGGGAAACCGCUUAACCGGGGAAAUACCACGAGAACUAGGGAAUAUUACCACCCUCAAAAUUCUGAACCUUGAAGCAAACCAAUUUUCAGGAAGUGUUCCUUCUGACCUUGGGAGAUUAAUCAGAUUGGAAUCUUUGAUCUUGUCUUCCAACAGGUUGACGGGGACCUUGCCAAUGUCCUUAGCUGAAUUGAGAAACUUGACUGAUUUUAGGAUAAAUGACAACAACUUAAGUGGGCCUAUACCCAAUUUUAUACAGAAUUGGAGACAACUCACAAGAUUAGAAAUGGUCGGGACUGGGCUGCAGGGACCGAUUCCUUCAACUAUAUCUCUUCUUGAGAAUCUACAUAAUUUGAGGAUUUCUGACUUAAAUGGACCAACUCAGGGAUUUCCUCCACUGGAUAAUGCUAUAGGAAUAGAAACGGUGAUAUUGAGAAAUUGCAACAUAUCGGGAGAAAUACCUUCUUAUAUUUGGCAAAAAAGAGAACUUCUAAUGCUCGAUGCAAGUUUUAACAGGUUGGUAGGGGAAAUAUCAGGUGAUAUCAUCGGAAGACGCUUGAGAUAUGUGUUUUUGACGGGUAACAUGCUAAGUGGAAAUAUACCUGACACGCUUUUGAUAGAAGGAGCUGCCAUUGACCUGUCCUACAACAAUUUGACAUGGCAAGGACCUGAUCGACCAACAUGCCAACCGAUCAUGAAGUUAGAUCUUAACCUGUUUCGAAGCUCUUCAACAGGGAACACACUACAGGAUAUAAUGCCAUGCGGAAAAGAUAUCGUGUGUCCCAAAUAUGAAUGUUCCUUACAUAUUAAUAGCGGUGGAAGUGAUCUAACCGUUAGAGAAGGGAAUGUAGAAGUUCUUUACGAAGGAGAUGCUUCAUUUGAUGGUGAUGGAGCAAGUUACCAUAGAACCAGUAGUAAUUGGGGACUUAGCAGCUCCGGAGACUUCCUUGAUGACAGUAUUCAGACUGGUCUUUAUGUAGAAUCCUUGCAAGGGUCAACCAACUUACCUCCUCUUUAUACAACAGCACGACGCUCUCCACUUUCGCUUACUUAUAUCAGCUAUUGUUUGGAAAAUGGCAAUUACCUUGUUAAUCUGCACUUUGCUGAGAUACAGUUUACUAAUGAUAGUACGUAUAUAAAUCUUGGCAGGCGGCUAUUUGAUAUAUAUAUACAGGGACAACGGGUUAAAAGGGACUUUAAUAUUGAAAAUGAGGCUGGUGGGAUACAAAAGCCGGUGGUAGUACCAUUCAAUGCAAGCGUGGUGAAUAACGUCUUGGAGAUACGCUUUUAUUGGGCUGGCAAAGGGACAACACGUAUUCCAAGAAGAGGAUUUUAUGGGCCCCUUGUAUCAGCUAUCUCUGUUAACCCAUAUUUUAGAACUUGUUCAAUUGAUGGAAAUAAAAAGAACAAAGCUGUGUAUGUUGGUUCUGGAAUUGCAUCGCUAUGUCUUGUGCUCUUAAUCUUGGCUGGUUUAUGGUGGAAAGGCUGCUUGAAAUGCAGAAAAAGGAAAGAUAGAGACCUUGAAGGACUGGACUUGAAUACAAUAUCAUUUUCAUUGAAACAACUAAAAACAGCUACAAGUAACUUCGAUGCUGCAAACAAAAUAGGCGAAGGUGGUUUCGGACCUGUUUACAAGGGUACAUUGCCUGACAGGACCGUAAUUGCAGUAAAGCAGCUUUCAUCUCAUUCAAGGCAAGGAAAUCGCGAGUUCUUGAAUGAGAUUGCUGUGAUAUCUUGUUUACAACACCCAAAUCUUGUUAAGCUUUAUGGAUGCUGCAUCGAAGGAGAUCAACCGAUGCUUGUAUACGAGUACAUGGAAAACAACAGCCUUGCCAAUGCCUUGUUUGGUUCAAAUAACAGUCGGUUAGUACUUGACUGGCCAACAAGGUUUAAGAUCUGUGUCGGGGUCGCUAAAGGAUUAGCUUUUCUUCAUGAAGGAUCGAGAUUUAAAAUUGUACAUAGGGACAUCAAAGCUACUAAUGUCCUUCUUGAUAAAGAUCUGAACCCAAAAAUAUCUGACUUCGGAUUGGCUAGGCUAAACGAGGAUGAGAUGAGCCAUAUCAGCACCAAAGUAGCCGGCACCAUAGGAUACAUGGCGCCGGAAUAUGCGCUUUGGGGUUACUUGAGUGACAAGGCAGAUGUGUACAGCUUCGGUGUUGUGGCUUUGGAAAUCGUGAGUGGCCAGAACAACAAUGCUUACAUACCAAAUAACGAUUGCUUUUGUCUUCUAGAAUGGGCUUGCAGGUUACAAACAAGUAAAACAUACGAUGAGCUAUUUGACGAAAAGUUAGGGUCUGAAGUCAACAAAGAGGAGGCAGAAACGAUGGUGAAAGUAGCACUCUUGUGCACAAAUGGGUCUCAAUCGAUGAGACCCACCAUGUCUGAGGUGGCGAGUAUGCUUGAAGGCAGAACUAUUGUUCCCGAGAUAGUCCUAGAAACGAGUGGCUACACCACAGAUCUACGGUUCAAAGCCAUGAGAGAUUUUCAGGAGCAACAAAGUCGAACUCGAUCCUCUAAUAACACGAAUCAAACUAGUACUUACCCUUUAUCAACGUCAUCAUUGAACACUGCAAGAUCUGAGAUUCAACACCAUGAGAAACAGUUGCCAGGAGAGGGAGGAAGUCAGAGCAGCAAUCAAAAUCGAUAAAUUUAAUCGCGCCUUCUAAUGACGUCUUUUGAUACUCAUCCAGUGGACUGGAGAUCGUAUUAUAAGGUGACCUUAGUUUUGUAGCUUGUCUUAUAAACUUAGAUGAAUUACAUUGAUUAUUCUAAUAUUGCAGAAAGCCAAAUAUAUAGAGUACACAAUUCGCUAUGAGCAAAACCUUGUAAAAGAAAGUCUUUCACCUAAUAUAUAGAAUAAGUUCCAACUUCCAAAUGACAAUUAUUAGAGAGUGCUGCAGGCUUUUAGAUAGCAAGUUGUUGCAAGUUAGUUAAGUAUUUCUUGUACUUCUCAGUUAUGUAAAUAGACACAGGAUAUAUAAGAUUGAUUCAUUCAGAAAUUC